AUGGAGCCAUGGAGCCAGCACCUAAACGCCAGACUUCCUGCGUCGCCUUUGCGAACGAUCCCCAAGGUACUUAUUGAGAUUUAAAUGCAAAUAAUGCAAUAGUAGUAUUUAUUUGAAAACAAGAAACGCUUUUCUAUUUUUCGCUUUUCAGCGCAGAGCUUCUCAAACGUUUUCUGAGAUUGAAGAAUAACCCUUGAAGGGUUCGAAAAAAUAGGUGGAAUUCAAGUUUAUACAUUUUGCAGUUUUCAUCUGACUAAAGAAAAAACCGAAAAAAAAUAGAAAAAAAAAGUAAAAUAGAAUAAGAAAAAAUUGGCUUGCUCGUUUCAAUGAUUUAUAUAUAACGUUCUUUUUCAUGGCUGAAUCAUCGAUGAAUGAUUUAAAUUUAUCUAAAGAUUUUUUUUUCUCGACGAAUUGACUCUUUUUGUUCCAAAUCAGUUUGGAGUCUUCAGAUUCGAACUUAUGCGAGCGUCAGUGCCGAAGACGUCGAAACUGAUCGCGUCAAUGUUCUUUUCGGCGAUCAGAUAACGAUCGACGGAAAAGUUUUCUCCAAAAAUGCUUUUGACCACGUUUUCCUUCCUGAAAACCCACAGGUUCGUGGAGAAUCUCUAACUUUUACUGAGCUGACUAACACGGUCGCAUGUGUGUGGGCUCGAAGCGUGAAGGCUGCUUCAAGCCGCGACGCUCUGAGCCAUUCCGCGUGCGACCGCGACAUGUCAAGUCGUGGCAAAUGAAGUUUUGAGGGUUUUUUUUUGUCCAGGAAGAAGUUUGCUGCAAGUUUUUGCCGGAUAUGGUCACUUCUGUUUUCAAUGGACAAGACGCCGCCUUCGUUGCCAUCGGCGCUAAGUCUCCAGGUCCUUAAUUUUGGAAUUGAUCAGUAUCAUUUUGAAGAAUUCGAUUUUUGUGUGGAGGAAAAGUAGACUCAAUGUUCAGGAAAGGAACGGAGGCUGUACGGCGAAGAUUCGACACGGCCUGGAAUAGUCCAUUCUCUUGUUGUUGGUCUGAUGGAAGCUGUCGAACAAACAAAGUAGGAUUUUCGUUUCAAAAAUGAUCUAAAGGGACGUUUUCAGAAGCGAAGAGCAGCGAUUUCAAGUUCGAAUGUCGGCCGUAAUGAUAUCUCAACGUGACGCCGCCAUUAUCGACCUUUUGAGUCCUUUUAACACUGGUAGACGCUCAAUUUCGAAAUUUUUCAUGAGAUUUGUAAUUGAAGAUCCGCGAAGACGUUCUGUACGGAUUGUCGACGAUCCGAAAAGCGGCGUUUACAUUGAAAACGAGUCUGAGGUGAGUUAUUUUAUUUUCUUCUGUGUAUUCGAAAUUUUUUUUUUAAAGUAUUGAUCUGUUUUUUUUUCUCUUUUUUCGUCCGAAAGUUCAAAGAAGGAUGCUUUUUUUUCUUCUUAUGCUCCGGAUAUACUUUAAAUUAAUUUUUUGAUUUUCAUUUUUAAUUAUAUUUUGUCAUUUUUCUUCAACUUGAAAAAAAUAAAAAAAUAAAAAAACUUUUCUUUUUGUUAUUUAAUCUGAUUGCUUGGUAUAUUGCGAGAGUUUUCUUGUUGACUUUUUCUCUUUAAUGUUUUCUCUUCUUCUGAUUCCCUAAUCUGCAGAUCCGCGUGGAUUCUAUCGAGCAAGCUCUGUUCUAUCUCAACACCGUCGUUGAUCACCGUCUAAUCCGUAAUAUUCGGCCGAGUUUCCUAGCACAGUUCCUUUUGCAGAAGACGAACAAACGCACCGUACGAGCCACGUUCUCGUUUCGUUAUCACUGUACUCGUACCGAAUGUGUGAGAAGCAAUUGCAAGGUAGGUGUCGGUAUCUUGUGUUUCCCGGCCGCAUAAAUCAGCUCUCAGGCGGGCGCCGACGUCUUUCCUUUCUCGACAUGGGAAUCGGUGAGCGGAACUCCCAGAACGGCGGCCUCACGAUGCCUUCCAUCGGCUGCGCGCUCCUGGCCAUGCUUCAGCGCAACAAACACAUACCCUCCAGGUGAAUCGAGUCUUUUAAACUCGUUUGGAGCUGAAUGGCAGAAAAAAAAGAGAGGAGUUUGAAAAAUGCGUUCAAUUAUUUUUUCAUCAAACUUUUAAAUAAAGUAAAAAAUUUUCAUGACUGAACAGACCGAAGAAAUAGCCCCAAAAAAAUUGACUUAGAGGAAUUCAUCUCGAAAAAGCACAAACACGAAAGUUUAUCCCAAAAGUGUGAUAUUCAAUUACACGAAAAAUGAAUAUUUUUGAGAGAAAUGUUUCUUUUUAAAAAAACUGAUUUUUUUAAAAAGUAUCAGAAUCUGUUAGUGAUUUGUGGCUGUUUUCCGAUUCAUGAAUGAUGAAACCACAAAAGCCAGCAGCGACGCUUUUUUGGCUAGAAAACGAGCGAUUUCUCAAAAUGAUUUGACUGCGGAGGUUGAAAAGGUGCCGCCGCUGCGUGGCUCAGCUUAGUGACAAAUGGCUCAUCGACGCCGCGCACGUUUUUCUGCGCGGAGACGGAAGAAGAAGAAGAAGAAGCAACCUUCUGGAGCCGGAAAGUGCGCGAUGAGGGAUGAUACAUGUUUUGGUGUGUGUUUGCGGACGAAGAAGUGUGAAGAUCUCGGCCCUUGGGGACGGCGCGGAGAUGCUCGAAAUGAAUUGUUCUUCUUCCUGCCGCCGGAUGCCUUGACACUUUAUUCUUUAUUUUGACAUCGUCUUCGGGUGGAUCAAAAAAGUUUCAUAGUAGAGUAUUGCAAAAAAGAGAGGAAAAGAGAAAGAUUUCUGUCUUGAAAAAAGUGAUGAACGACGAAGGUGUCUGCAAAAAGUUAUAUUGACGGGAAAAACUUUGAUAAGACAGCUCAGCAGAUUGAUAAAAGCUGAGAAUAUCAGCCACAUCGCUUUGUAAGUCGCGUUGUAAAGCUCAGACGCUAUAUUCUGUGUGCCACGACUUGAAACUUCACCAAACGACAUUCCGCUGUUCCGCUGCGUGCGUUCGCGAAGCGUCUUUCGAAUCUAGGUCACGCUUUAAAUUGAUUUUUAUUGCUGUGGAAGCACAUUUAAGUAGAGUACCUUAACAAAAGAAAAAAAAAAAUUAAAAGCGCGACCAAGGUUCGCAAAGACGCGCAGCGGCGCAUCAGAAUGCCGUUUGGUGAAAUUCCAAGUCCUGGUGCACAGGCUAUAACACUAAUUUUUUUUUCAAUGUUUCCGGAUUCUGUAGCUGUUAUAUUCGCUCAAACGAAAUUUUUUUUUGAUUAAUAAUUAGUCAAAAAUUAAAUGACCUACCCCCUAGAACAGUUUAUUCACUUGUGUUUUUUCCAGAGACACCAACGUGGGGCAGCUGAUGAGGUGCGCGCUGACGUCGUCGAGGUCCAACGUCUUCUUCUUCUCCUUCGCUUCUCGCAACGACGACAAUGAGAACGUCGCCCAGCUGGCUCACAAGAUCUCGCGCACCCGCAAAACCUCGACAGCCGGCACAUCGAAAAAAGCCUCUGUUGGUACUUCGGACGUCUUUUAUGAGUUCUGCGUGAAAGCUUUCGCUCAAAAUAUUUACGACUAACCAGGCGGUUUUAAUGAUGAAACGGCUGCGACUGUCUUUCAGCUCUUUUUUGCUUUGCUUUUGCGGUUGGGGUUCUCGUUUUAUGGCCUAUUUAUUUAGUCGAAACCGUCAAAUCUGGCGAACUCGGAGAGAAAGAGAGACAGAGAUUUUUUGUGGAAUUCGUGAAAUUUUCUGGUCAUUCGGAGACUGAAGCGCUAGCGCUCCAAUUCAUUUUCAGUUCUAAAGAACAGUAGAGUAAAAUCAACUCGCCGUGGUUGACUCGUAAUCAUCGGGUACGUCGGCGUCGUCGGGGGCGAGGUUCUUGACGAGGCCCUGUAAGAACAGACCUUAAUAUAGUGGUUUUAUCUUCCACGUAUCUACAUACACCACAGUUUUGGCGUUGAUUUACUUGAUGAGAUUCGUUCGAAUUUUCAAAUGUCUUAUUUCCCAUUUUGCAACGUACAUUGGUUUCAAAUUUGAUAACAGGAGCUUUCAGCUAACAAAGCGCUUUUCAUACGAAAAUAUGUUCCAUUCUUUUCAUAGGUGUUUUCAAUAUCUUUGCUAUUUGCAAAUUUCAACGCUGGCACACUUUCUGACAAGUACAUGUAAGUAGUACAAAUAAAAAAAGAAAAGGAAAGGAAAAUGGAGAAGUUGAUUCACAACAGUUGAAAUUUCAAGAGAACCUCACUCUCGAUUUUAGUUAAAUUUGAAAUUUCGUACAAAAUGGCUUUCACUCAAAAAAUAUGAAUAUAUAGGUUAUCCUCUAUAUGUGGAAGGCUUUACUUUCACAUUAUUUUUUAAAGUUUCAAAUUCUCACGCUCGAAAACUUGUUCGUUUUCCAGCCGAGAGGUCAAUGUUGUUGUGUUUCAUAAAACGGGCACUUAGUUCGUGGAAAAGUCGUUAAAGAUUUUAUAGCAUUCGGAAACAAAUAGAUAUUUGAAGAGCAAUUUACAUGGGCCAUUGCGCAAAUCGGUGAUAAGAAUAACGCAAAACGUGUGAAUCUUGGCGCGUGGGUAAAAAUUAAUGGCCUUUUUUGAAUGUUUGUUCGCCAGAGUCUUCGCGAUCAUAUAUCUAUAUAUAUAUAUGAGAUUUGAUUCGAGAACGUCUAUGGUUUUUCUAAUUAUCACUUUUUGAAUGGCAUUUUUAUUUAAUUUUGUUUCACACUUCCGAUCAUCGAGAGGAACUCGUAUGGUGUUGAGCCUCCAUCAAAAUGACAAGAAUGCUCCUUUUUUGGUGCGAACCCUUGAUUUACAGCCAACUUGUGUUGUAUGUGAACGGAUAUCUGGUAUGUGUCUUGUGGCGCGAAUGCGUGCUGUUAGAAGUCGAACUAUAUAUUUUUUGAAGGUGGAUGGAUUGGAUAACCUUCGAGUUUUUCUCAUGGCACCACCUGUCUUUGAUCUUUCUUGUGUGCAAAAAGCAUAUUUAUGACCAACAGAAAACGUAUCCCUUUUUUCUGCAAAAGAACUGAGCUCCGGGGUGGUUAUUGAUGCUGUCCAUCAGUUUUCGUUUCUGUUCAGCGAUCAGUGCUUUCUUCUCAUUUCAGUCAAUUUCCAUAUACAUUUAUAAUUUUAAGAAGGAAAAAAAGGCUACCUAUAUUCCCAUGCGGCCCCUUUACAGUACGAUAUAUUUAUUUUGCUUUCAAAUCAUGAUAAAACAUUUUAAUCAUGAAAAACAACUUUUGUCUCUUUUUUAAUAAGAAAAAAAUAAAUCACCUGAAUCUGGUUUCUUGAUCUCCAUGUGAGUCUUGUAACUCAUGAGCUGUAUUUUUAUGGUUUCUGGUGAUGUUUAGAAAACAUUUCUCAUGCCUUUUAUCUUAUUAAGUUUUUUAAAUCAAAUGUUUAAAAAAAGUUGACGAGGACUCAAUCAUUGGACGCAAAAUUUCUGAUCACUUUUGAAAAGCUCCAUUUAUAGAUCAACGGCGUGGAGACGUGUUCGAAGUCAUCUGGAGAGCGACGUCGAGAGCAGCAACUCGAGAGCGGCUCAGAAGUGAGCGGCGCCGAGACGGUCAUCUACCUUGGCUCGAAUCCAGGUAAACCAGCCGUGACGUCAUUCACUCUUUUGGCACUCGAUCAAGGGGUCGGCCUCGUGUGAAACAGCAAUACAUACAAAAACGCCACGCCCAUUCGUCCUGCCCCCAAAAUGCUCUGCUCAUUCUCUCAAUCACACAAACUGUCUGUAAAUGUUUGGUUGUGUUUCUUUCUUAUUUCUUUAUUUCUUUAGUUUUUUCCUAGUUCAAGAAAAUAUCAUUAUAAGAUAUAAUUUAUUAAAACCUAAUUUGGAGAUCACGAAAAGUAGGCUUUCGAAGUUGUGCUACGGUCUGUCACAUUCGAAAUUUUGUCGAAGCGAGAUGCAAGUUUUGUUCAGAAUUUUGUAGGUAAAAUACAUCCUCUUUUUUGAGAGAUUGUUCGGAAAAAAUUUCAAGAUAUUCAUUCUCUGCUCAUAUUUUAGUUUGAAGAAUUGAAGAAUCGCUGCUCACAGGCCAAAGUAUUUCUAUUUCUUUACCUAUUGCAUAUGAAUAUUAGAAAAAAAAACUGAUGAUGUUUUUGAAACGUUUGAGAUAUUUUGGACAGCUGUUACAACUCGUUUUUCAACAGCACUUCUCAUGUACAACAAAAAAGACUAGUUGACCAAACGGACGUUGUAUUGGGCGGGGUUUUUGUUGGGGGGUUUCCUUGGAAAGAAGCGAGUCUUUACCGCAAGUCACACGCAACUGAGGGGCCAAUCCAUCAUUUCUCAUUUCGCGCUCGACUUUUUGUAAUAAACCGCUCCGCUGCUCGUUUCGUUUCCGAAGACCUUCCCAACUCCUGUGUUUCAGCGCUUCCGCCGACGCCUCGAGCCGUGCACCGGACGUCGCGCUCCUUCCAGGAACCACCUCCCAAGGUCGGUGCUCUCCAAACGUAUAUUGGGCCAGCUUUAUGUUAAUUAGAUGUCUCGAUGAAUAGGCAUGCAUGUGUAGGCACAGGCCGCGCAAACAUUGUCUCAUCCAUUCCAUGGGGUUGUUGUAGGCACCGCUGAGCAGUCCCGGAGUAUCGCCCAAUCACUCGACCUCCUCCAUUCCGCCGAUGCUUCAGGUCAGCCGGCUUAAGCCUACUUCGUCAUGAUGGAGUUUCCCAGGGUUCUAAGCACUUUCGAACGCUCUUUUCUCUUUUUUUCAUGACCUAUGAACAGUUUUUUAACAACGAAAUUCUGAACUGUGAACAUCUUAUUGAUAGUUCUUGUGGAAAAGUUCAACCGCAAUCUUUAGGUAUCUCAUCUGAAAAGCUCUUGUUUAAGUGAAAGAAAUUGGAUUUGAAGUUUUACCUUUUUUUGAAAUUUAACUUUUUUUAAAAAAAUUGAUCUCAGUUUUUUUGAAAAUGUUGAAAACUAAACUUGAAGAUUAUCGGAAUACUCCGAGAUAUGUUUUUGACAAAAGUUUGAGUUAUAUAGUCAAUGUUUCCCGACUUGAAAGGCGAGGGAGGCGGGGCAAGGGGCGGGACGCGUAGCGUGUGCGUUCGCGGUUCUUGGCACGAGUUCAAUUCAAUUGCCGCCGACUAUUUAAAAAAAGCUCGGCAACCGCUUUUUUUCAAUUUUUUUCUACUAUUUUUUUGAUGCACACAUAAACAUAAUCAAUAAAUAAUUGAAAAAGGAAUGAAAAAGAGCAAAAAAACGGGCUUUUCAAAGGGUCGAUGGCGGUUGAAUUGAACAUGCGCCAAGGACCGCGAACGCACACGCUACGCGUCCCGCCCCUUGCCCCCUCCCUCGCCUUUCAAGUCGGGAAACAUUGACUAUACUUUCUAUUUUUUUGUUGAUUCUUUUAACAAGACAUAGAAAGACACCUGGGAUGCCAAGAACUCUGGGAAACUUUCUUAGUUUUUCGCUACUAUUAGGAGAAGAUCUUCGGUUGAUAAAAGUUUCAAUUUAGCCUGAGUUAGUAGAAUUGCUACCCUUUUCACUUUGAAAGAAGGAAAGUUUUUUGAAAUCCAUGACCCGAAAGAGAAAAAAUCGCGACAGCGGCACUUAUCGAGUCAACGAGCUCAUAAUCGCGGCUAAUCCGUCAUUCUGAGACGCGUUUGGCACCGACCGAAACGACGGCCAAUUACAGGGCCACACGCCGUUCCUGUCGGCCUCCUUGCGGCUCUACGACGAACUCUGUUCUCCGCCGAGCACCUCCGCCUCGUCGCCCCAGGCCUUCGGAGGGAAUUCCUACGAGGUGAACAGGCUCGAUCCCAAUCUUCUACUCAUCAGUUUGCAGGACCGUGGCGACUUCGGCGUCACGAUCGCCAAACACGUCGUUUCUACUGUUCCGCGGAGCAAGUCGAAGUGAGUAUGGUGCAUUGAAAAGGAAACAUUGUGUACUGGACCUCUCACUUCAUUCAUUUGUGAGGAUAGUAUCUUUCAAACUGAAAGAUUCAUAGUUUAUGGAAUCAGCCAUAAAGUUGAGUUGCGAUAUAGAAAAUUCAUAAAUUCAAGGUGUAGGUUGAGUAUUUUUCCAUCAAGUUUGCAUUCAUUUUUGGUUCAAGCACCUUUCAUUUAACAUAUAGGAUUUUUGUACUAAAAGAUUUCUUGAUUGAAUCUAGGGGCUUUGAAUUUCCUUGCAAGAAAUUUGAGCGAUUCAGCUCCGAAUUUAAAGAAAUCGAUUCUGAAGUUUCUGUCAUGUUCAUUUCAUUUGUUUGAAACUAUUUCCAAAAUUCAAAGAGUUUUCUCUUUUCUUUCAGGCAGCCACUAUUCUAUGUAGGGCAGUGGAUAGAAAGUUAAACAUAGCAUUCGAUCAUGGGGUUGAUAAUUAUCUUCAUCAAGAGGGAAAAAGCCAAGAUUUUCACCAUCCAUUAUUUUUUGCAAUUCCAUAUUCACUUUUUUCUAUCCUUCUCACAAAACUUCAACAACAGUUGAGUUUCCCAAUUUCCAAUUAAAACAAAACCACCAACUAUUUUCCUGACAUUGUUUCUUUUCUUUAUUUUUUUCUAAAAAUAACUCACAUUUUGGUGAGAAAUCCUCUGCCUUUCCCCUUUUUCAGACACUGGAAAGUUUGAUCAGCUCCACGAAGUUAACGAGGCUUCAGUGAGUUUAAAUGAGCAAUAAAAGUUGAAAUAGUAGAAGAGAAGAAUCUUUCGGCCGCACUCAACCAAGUGUUACGUCGCGCUCAUGUUUCCCGAUGUAACUGAAUUCCUGGGAUCAUAAUUCUUUCGACCACACAGACUGAAAGUUGUUCGAUUGAUGUGAUCUGCGCACCCUCACCAGGAUCACUUCCCCAUCAAAUCCCAGCUGACGGCUGCCUCCCACCCCAACACAGCCGACGUUCCGACGCCACUUGGCUUGUGUUCUCACUCGGUUUUGGAGUUUUGUUUUCGACUUCCGCUGCUGUCGCAUGUCCAGAAACCCACCACCUCACGAUUUCUUUCAAAUCGGCUUUUUUAAAUACUUGAAGUACGCCAUCCAGCGCGCAAUGUAUGACUUUUAUUAGCUUUUUUGGCUUUGUUUUAUGGGUUUUUCUCGGUUUGACUAGGCUCUAGCGUACAGACCAAGUUUUCGGAUUGAAAAAAAAAAAAAUGAAGAAUGAAGAAAUUUAGUUUGGCUGGCUUUUUUUUCACUCUUGUUAAUUGAAGGCUCAGCAUGAAACUCUACACCGUAUGAAAAAAUUUAUUAUUAUUAGAAAAAUAUGAACUCCUAAGAAAUAAAAAUGCAUCUACUUCGAUAUUCAUUACUUUAACGUUCAAUCAUAAUUUUUUUGGAGACUCUACACGGUUUUUUAUUAAACUAAUUUUUUUUCAAAAAUUAAAAAAAAAAUAGAAUUUUGGGUUUUUUUUUUCUAAACUUUGCCCAAGUUGUUGAUAGAAGUAGAAAUUUUCAAGUAGCCUUUUUCGAUUCACUUGAAUUCCUGUGUUUCAGAUUUAAUCUGGACGAUGGAAAAAGGAAGCACAUUAUGCAGUGGAUGGAGUCUUCCGAAGCGCCGCCAAUCCUUUUCAACGCCCUCGACAUAGCUGUCGACGAUUCAAGAGUGAGUCUGAGAAGAACAGUCAAGUAACAUAGUUGUAAACGCAAAAGUUAGGAUUAUCGUUUUUCGGCUUUUUCCUCAGCUCGUAGGUUACCAGAGAAUAAGUUUAGAGUAUAUUUUCGAAAUAAUAAAAUCUCAAAAGUUAGAAAGUUAUGCAGAUUGAGAUUUUAAGGGAAUCCGCUCUUGUAAUGUGAGUUUCAAAACCUUUUAUUCAAACAAAGUGAAAAAGAUCCUCAUUUUCUGAUCGCCUUUUUCGUCACAGAUCUUCGUGUGAGCCACUCAUUCAUUAAACAACGAAACAAUGUUCAGGAAUGUGGGAUCUUAUCACAUCCGCUGGAGGACAUCAUCGAGCAGGAAGAAGAAUCCAUGAAGACUUCCACCACAAAUUCUCGCAAAGACCAUCCUCUGAGGAUCCUCAGCAAGCAGGAUUUGGACAAAAUCGAGUCCUCAGGACAAAAGGUUUGGCCGAGCCUUUGAUUUAAAAAAAUUCGGAAAUUCCGCGGAUUCCUGGGUACAAGGAACUCGGAGCCUUUGGCAAGUCGUCACGAUUGUUUAUGUUGAUGGAUAGCCGCCUGUUAGAUCAUUUAUCUUGCUUCCCAAUCGGUUUUGCACCUCACGUGUCGCGGUUUCUCACUUCGUACGCGAGCCGCGAUAAUUGGCUAUCUUUAGAAGACACUAAUCUCACAGACAAAAGUAACGGAAUCUGUCGAUUACUACGCUAAGUAACUGGAAAUGAUUCCAGAAAAAUCAUAAACCGAAAAAAGAUUUCUCGUACUUCAAUGAAUGUGAAAUUAAAACUUCAAAAGCUCAUUAACAAUAGAAUCAUUUACAAGAAUAGGUACCAAUCUACUGAAAAAGAUGUUAUUCAAACUUUUUAAAGCGAAUUUCUCACUUCGACCAUAGAUACAUUUCUUCUCCAUCAUACCUGCUCCAUUGAUCAAAAUUAUCUUUCUUCUCUUUGUUAUACUUUCUUCUUCGCUCUCGUCUUGUACUUUUUUUAAAAAUAUCGCUGCCCGAUGUGGUUGCUGAAAAAUUUUUUUAAUAUUUUUUUGAUAUAUUUCAAGAGAAAAAAAUUCUGAAAAAUUUUUUUCCAUUCUUUCUUUUUUUCAAAUACUUUCAGAUUCCUUUUUUUACUAUGGAAAGGACCGUAUUAAAAAAAGUAAUUUUUUUCUUUACAUGUCUUUCUUCUUUACUGAAUCAAAUUUCAAGUUUCAAGACACUAUGAGAAAUAAGAAACUCAAUUUUAUGAUUUUUAAGAAAAAGCACAUUUAGGAGUCGAAUGGCGAGGGCGAAGAUGGCUUGGAAAUGGCGAUGGCGGCCUCGAUCUCGUCGAUAAAAUCACACGACAUAUUGGCGAAAUUGGAAGCUCUGGUAAAUUUUCAGGUUUAUUGAGGCUGCAAUGUGCGUACUCAAUACACGAAACGGCGAAAACCGACACCGUCGUGAAUGCAAAUCAGCCGGUCGACGCUCUUUUCGUAAACAAUUGGCGGGGAAGGGGGGACACUUGAAUCCAGCUACAAAAACGAUAUUCACACGUUUGACACUUUUUCUUUUGGGGAAUUGUAUGAGUCUAGCUUGGGAAGAGCUUCAGGGAAACUUUCUGAUAGCAAAAGUUAUUUUCGAAUUUCGAAAGUGUAGUACAGGAGAAUUACUUGAAAAUGGUCUUUCGAUUUAUGUUUCAGAAAAGUCCAGCGAAAGAUAAGGAUUCGUUCUUACGAAUUGGGCUCUUAGGGAGUUUUAUAGAAAUCAGAUCGAGUUUUUUUUUUGAAUCUUUGAAACUGACUGGGGCAAAAUUUAAAAGAGAAACUUCGGUUUUGGCAAGAGCAAAGUAAUUUCAACUUCAAAAAGUUAUAUCAAAACAGCAGUUUCAGCAGUUUCUGUGAAUUCUUUUUCAAAAAUUUGAAGUUCGAAUUUCAGAGGACGGCGACUCCGAGUGGACCUUCGGCCUCUGUUUCAGCAAGUACCGGCCACAGCGAGAUGGACAUGUACAGACGUGCCAGUCACCUUGAAGAAUACGCUUUACAACGAGUUCAGGUUCGAAAUAAGCCUGUUUCUCUGUCCUUCAGGUCGUUUAUUUCAGGAGAUCGAGAAUGAGAAUCGCAGCUCGAAGAAGAAGAAGAAGUUUGUCCUCAACUGUUGUCAACAGAGUAUGGUCUCUUCCAGUAGCACCGUCGUGGACUGGAGCGCUAUCGAACGCAAGAAGUUUGUCUUGGCUUUUUUCAAAUAGAAUAGUGAUAAAAUAGGCGCAGAUUCUUCUUGUUUUAUGAUGUGCUCCACGGAGAAAAGUUUUUAUUUUGAGGAAUUCAAUUGUAAGAGAAAAUCUUGAGUAUUUGAAAAAAUUAAGGCUCAUCUUGAUAAACACAACUGAACUUUUUAGAAAUAUAUUUUUUCAUUUUCCCAACUCUUCGUUCCAAUUUUCACAAGAGAAAUUCCAGGGAGGAAAAGUUGGAGGCUAUAGAGCUGGAGAAGAGGAAGGAUGAGCUUAGGGAGCGACGAGAGAAGCUGAAAAUGGAGGAGCUCGAGCUCAGGAGAGAACGAUCCUUGAUUGAUAAGGUUGGAUCAACUCAUUCGAAAUGCUAACCCCAACGUUGCGCAUCAGGAACUCGACGGCAAAAAGUCGCUGACGACAACGCUCGCCAGACAACUUCAUCACUUCUCGUUGUCGCCGUGCAGAGCGACGUCGUCUUCCCACCGAUCGCGCGCGACUUCUGAUUCGCUGCCGUCGACGCCGACGAGUGGCCAUCGCAAACUGCUCCCUUCUUCUCCGUCUAGGUUUGAAAAUCAAAAAAAAAACGAACUGCUUGCGAAAAUACUUUAGGAAUAUUUAUUUGGCCUCAGUUAUUAAAGUUUCACCUAGAAAAAGAGCCGAGAGUUCAGACAAUCUUCUGAAUCCUAGAAAAGACAUGAAGCCUUCAAGUGACGUGAAUAUUUUUUAUAAUGAUGAGUCUUUGUUUGAAGCUAUUGACAGGUUUUGUUUCAUUUUUUGCAGUAUAUGUUAUCUCCACCAUCCAAACUAACUCUUCGCGCUUUCAGAACACCCUGGACGGCAGGUCCGAUAACGAGCUACUCGUCGUCGCACCAAAGUCUUCCGCGACACACUAAACUCUCAUCAAGCUAUCGCAAGUCUUCGGCCGACGUCUCCACAGCUUCGCAGUCGCGGAAGUCGAGCAAGACUCGCAGCGACAAGAAGGAACGUCGCAGUUCCAAAGAAGACGCCUGGAUCCGCUCGCCCUACUCUCAGGUCCGUCGCCCAAUUAACAACGCGUCCUUGCUACUAAUUAAGCGGCUUUUCUUUCCUAAUCAAAUUUGAGCCUAUUUGGUCUUCGAAAUAUUUUAGGUAAAAUAGCUUCGAGGGCAACAGAUAUGAAAAGAAUUCAGCGAAAAAAGUGAUCUUGAAAAGGAUAUUUAUCAGAGUUCCAAUAAAAGUUUAUGUCAAACUCACUUCAUAGCUAUAGAUUUAAAGAAAGAGAAUGGUGUCGGUUCGGAAUAUUACCUUAGUUUUUCUAUUCACUUUUUGAAGUUUUGAGAAAUGUGCAUUAAUUUAUUCAGAAUUCAAUUAUACUUAUAGCUAAACCGAACUCAGCAAAUCUUGACUGCCUAAAUUUGGCCUUGGUCUUUCAAGACACCAAGAACUUUUGAGACCAUACGAAAAAUUUUGAGAACAUUCAUUUGAAAAUCGUAUAGGAUUUGAUAUCGAAAAAGCUUCCACAAUUAUUCAAAGAAUGAGUUGGGUGAACGACGCAACGAAAACGUUUCUCACUAUCAUCUUUUCAGAUGACUUCUCCGCGGACUUACGGCGGCCCUGGAACGUCUUCAAGCGGACGAGGCUCCGAUGACGCGACUUCGAUCUCACGCGAAGAGACCAAACGAACAAAACGACAGUCGUAUUCAGCCUCUUCUGGCUACGAAUCGGCUUCCGGCGACUAUCAUACCUACAGUAAGACUUUCGAUAUUAUUAGUAUUUUGUAAAAAAAAAUUUUAGCAAAACCGUCUAUAUUCGAAAAAAGAACGAACGAAGAAAAACUGAGUUUUGCGCGGCAAGCCGACCACAUCCGAAUUCGCCAACGGCAGCUGAUGAAGCAACUGGAAGAAGCGAAGAAGUUGAUAGGACAAGACGAAGACGUCGGGUGAGUCGAGAAGAUCUGAAAACGGAAACAGACUGUUUGGCUUCAGAGCUCUGAGCACGGGCCUCAAGACGAACGGCGUCAACCGGACAGCGCUGAUCGACGCGUUGCUUCAGGAGAACAAGAUUCUGGAGAAACGGCUCGUCGCGUGUCGCAAUCACACUAUGCUGGUCACCACUUUCAUCUAG